AUGGCAGAAAAUAAUGCGAAAUGGUUGGAUGCAUCAUAUUACCAAAAUAUGCCAAAUUCGGAAGGUAAAUAUGACAAAAUGAAUUGGGCGCAGUUAGCACAAAAAUGGAUGCAGAUGCGAGAUGCUGGUGAAGUCCCUCCGGUAACAUCGGAUGAUUCCAUACCGCCACCGCCAAACAAGGAGCUACCAUCGUCGCAUCCGCCACCGGCACCCGAUGGACUACCGGUAAAUGGGUCUUUUUUGCCACCUGGUGGGUAUUUGCCUACUAUGCCUGUUGAUGCAAAUUUCGCAACACCAUCGCCUUGUUGGAUACCACCCUUACCACCAAAUAAUUUCGGACCUCCAACUGGUGGAGCAUUUCCUCCUUUCAUGCCACCAGUUCCACCAUGGAUGGGCGUCACUCCCGUACCACCUGGUCCGUUUCCACCGGCGCCCCCUUACGGUGAUGCAAAGUUGAGUGUUGACGAAGAGGAAGGGGAUGAUUCAGAAGCAGUUCCUGAAGGUGCUAUGGCUCACUGGCUUAAACCAGGUCCUGGUUGGGCCCCACCACCGAAUUGGUAUCAUACUUCACGUCGUGAUUCUCCGUCAAACUCUCACUCUAUGCCUUUCAUCGAUCAACAGACACGGAAAGCUUUGCCAGCAUGGAUCCGUGAAGGUUUAGAAAAAGCUGAACAAGAAAGGCAAAAGAAACAAACGAAAGAAGCUAAGUUACGGGCAGCCGAAGAAGCAGCAAAAGCUCGUCGUGCUUCUAAAGGAUUGGGAAAAUUUGAUUCUGAUAGUAGUGAAGAUGAAAAUGGAACGGAGGAUGUAAAAGAAAAAGUCAAACUUGAUGGAGAGCCAGUGUUCCUCCAAAAAAAGAAAUUGGAAAAGCAACAGGAACCGGCUAAAAAUACAACAGAAAUUGAUUAUCGAACUGAGGAAGAGACACGAGAAGAUGCCCUUAUGCUUUUGCGGCGUUUCAUGACUGAAAUUUUGCUGGAAACAACAGAUGAUGAAUUGAGCCGUAUUGCUAGAGAACAGAUCGAAUUUGCUAAACGUUCUGCCCAGCCAAAAGUUCUCGCCCAAAGCUCGGCUCUCGCCGCUUUGUGUACACUUGGUGCUGAAAGUGAUGAUGAGUCGAGUGAGGAAGCAGACGUGAAGCAAUUGGACGAAUCGACGAAUAAAACGAAGGACGAAGAAUUCUUGAAGAAGUCAACUAUUAUUGGUGAUGGUAAUGGUGAUAGUAAUGAAGAUGAUACUUUGUUCAAUGUACCACUUCUUCCAGUACUAUCGUCGAGUGCUAAGAGUAAGGCCAAGUUAAGUAGCAAUGAUGGAUUCUCUUCUACAGAAUCCUCCCAAGGUGUUGAAAAGAAAAAAACUGCUGUCCAGGAAAAGAAGAAUGGUGAUGACGACUCGUCACGUGUUGCACUUCCAAAGAGUGAAAAUGAUGCAUGCAGAGAAAUAGGUCAGAAGAAGUUAGAUUCUAAUAGCGAUGGAGGCAAUAAAAAAGACAAGAAGGAAAAACGUACUAGCGAGUCAAAAAAGCAGCAUAUGCGGAAAAAAUCACGAAGUAGAGAGCGUCCAAAGAAACGACGACGCGGAGGUAGUAAGGAAGAUUCGACGAAAAAAGCCGCUGAUAACACAUUAGAUGCAUCGGGUAGUGAUAGAAGUGGAUCUCGAACUCCCGAACAUUAUCGUCGAAGAUCAAGCAGCAGAGAGUCUUAUCACAAACGACGUCGUUCAAGAAGUCGCAAAAGGUUGAAAUCAAGCUCUCGAUCACUCACUAAAAGAAGCCGAAGGUUUCAAGAACGGCAUUCAAGAACACGUUCACGAAGCCGUGAAAGGAGACGAUCUAGUGAAAGGCAUCACCGAGAUAGAUAUUCUAGAAGAUCGCGGUCAUAA